CAAACUUGACAACUUGAUGCAGCCAGCUGGAGGCGAUAGCUGAAGGAAUCUCGUUGACGUAUCGUACAACGAAAUACGCGGGACGGGGAAACACUCGCGACCACAGCUGGAGAGAGCAAAAGUGCAAGACUUAUUUAUCAGCUUGAUUUUUGGGGGGCGACAAAAAUUGGAAACUAUCAUGAUGACAGUCCUCGGGAACGCCGGUCGCUUGAUCCAAUUUGCCAGGAGCAGUGUCAGUCUCAGCCUGAGGACUCGUGCCACUGUUGCAGCUUUGGCCCAUAAUGCGACCCCAGAAACACAGGACAAUAGGAAACCUAAGACAGGAAUCUUGAUGCUGAACAUGGGAGGACCUGAGAAACUAGAAGAUGUACACGACUUCCUGCUCAGGCUGUUCAUGGACACAGACUUGAUGAAACUCCCAGUACAGAAUAAACUUGGCCCAUUCAUUGCCAAGCGCCGUACGCCAAAGAUCCAGGAACAGUAUAGUAAGAUUGGAGGAGGCUCGCCCAUCAAACAUUGGACCGCCAUGCAGGGAGAGGGCAUGGUGAAGCUGUUGGAUGAAAUGAGCCCUGAGACCGCACCUCAUAAGUUCUACAUCGGUUUCCGCUAUGUCCAUCCACUGACUGAGGAGGCCAUUGAGGAGAUGGAGAAAGACGGGGUGGACCGAGCUGUGGCCUUCACACAAUAUCCUCAGUAUAGCUGCUCCACCACAGGUAGCAGCUUAAACGCCAUUUACCGUUACUAUAGAAGCAAAGGUGACAGGCCAAAAAUGUGCUGGAGUGUCAUUGACCGUUGGCCCACACACCCUCUGCUGGUGGAGUGUUUUGCAGAACACAUCAGUAAUGAGCUGCUGAAGUUUCCAGAAGCGAAGAGAGACGAUGUUGUGAUUCUAUUCUCUGCCCAUUCACUUCCUAUGGCGGUUGUAAACAGAGGUGACCCAUACCCCCAGGAAGUGGGCGCGACAGUCCAGAGAGUUAUGGAGAGACUGGGACACUGUAACCCUUACAGACUGGUGUGGCAGUCCAGGGUGGGGCCCAUGGCAUGGCUCGGCCCCCAGACGGAUGAGGUCAUUAAAGGGCUUUGCGAAAGGGGGAAAAAGAACAUCCUGCUCGUGCCAAUCGCGUUCACCUCCGACCACAUAGAGACUUUGCACGAGCUGGACAUUGAGUACGGACAGGUGCUGGGCGAGGAGUGCGGUGUGGAGAACCUCAGAAGAGCCGAGUCGCUGAAUGGGAAUCCUCUCUUUAUGAAGGCUCUGGCGGAACUGGUCCAGUCCCACCUGAAGUCCAAUAAGCCGUGUUCCCGCCAGCUGACUCUACGCUGCCCGCUGUGCACCAAUCCCAUCUGCGGAGAGACCAAGGCCUUUUUCGCCAACCAGAAACUGUCAUAGAACAUGUGCGCAGGCGGAGCGCAACCAUCCCCGUGAAGGCGCAAUCGGGGCAUCCGAUGACAUCAUGCACUGUCCAGUGUGGGGGAAAAACACUGAAUGACGUCAAACGUCUAUUGGGAAAAAAAAAAUUCCAAGGAAAAGGUUGAACAAAGCUUUGUCAGCAUCUCCUAACUUUUUCAUCUCCUCUUUUGUUUCUACUCGAAACCAACGAUAUCCCGCCCGCUCUUUUCGCUGAUUUGGAAUUCAGCGGGGAAGCGUGAAACACGUUCAAAUGAACAAAGUCAGCCGAGUGUCAGAAUAUUCCCUUCACGCUGAACUGAUCAAGGUCUGCAUGAGCAGGUGCUCGUCUUAAAGAUUGGAAUGCCGUGAAGAACGUUGAUUUAUUUCAGGAAUAUUAU